AUGCGCACCUCGUUCCCCGUGCUCGCCUCGCUGGCAUCCGUCACAUCUGCCGCCCGCUUCCUCCUGCAGGUUCCAACUACACACGUUGUGAACCCUUCCGCGCUCUCCUCCACAACCCACGCAACUCUACAAUCUAGUGGACCCCCACUUGAUGCGUACCUGACCCGCUCCAACACCUUCAACUUCAAUAACGUCAGCGCUGGAAGCUAUCUUGCUACUGUGCAUUGCCGGGACUAUGCAUUUGAGCCCUUGCGCAUCGACGUCAGCGUAGAGGAGUCCGUUGAGGGAAGCGGGCAGAAGAAGGAGGUCAUCAGGGCAUGGCAGACAUUUUUGGGCAACGAAUGGGACAACAAGGGCGAGAGCAGAGGAGAGGGUGGCAAUGGUCUCGUAAUCGAGGCAAGACCGGUGGGUCAAAAGGAGUUCUACCAGGAGCGCGCUGGAUUCUCACCACUAUCUUUCCUGAAGAACCCCAUGAUUCUCAUGGCAGUCUUCUCCGGCUUGCUCAUGUUCGGCAUGCCCAAGCUGAUGGAGAACAUGGACCCAGAGAUGAAGGCUGAGAUGGAGGAGAUGCAGAAGAACGGCGUAUUGGGAUCAGGCACGACAAACACAGCGCAGCAGAUCCAGAACUUCGAUCUCGCAUCGUGGAUGGCAGGGAAGACCACAGACUCUGGCGCGAACAGCCGUGGCCAGAGCCCAGCACCUGAAAAGCAGCAGACUUCGAAGAAGCGGUGA